CUCAAUAUUACCCGGAACGGAGGGAGCAGUAUGCAAAGAAUUCGUCGCCAUUUUAUGACUUUGCAAAUCCAGAGGCUAAUUGGAAUGUCGAGUUCGUAAAAAAGGAUGUUUGGCGUCAGAUUUGAAUCGCAUUUCCAUUUGAGAUCAUCGACUUCACUUGAAACCUAUUGAACUCUGUCGCCGAUCCCGCCGCUGGAUUCAACCGUCAAAAGGGUGUUCGUACGAACUUUUUUCUCUGUAGAAUUGAUUCAUUCCCUUCAUUGGUUUGUGGCUCUCUUGUGCAAUGUAUGUGGACGUAGUUCUUUGGUAAGCUUGUGGAGGAGUAUUGGAGUGAGUUCAAAAGGGUUUGGUAGGAGGAGAUAUGAUAAUUCGAUCCAAGGGAUUUGAGAUACAAUGACUGGACAGUCAUUGGGACUUCGUAGCGGGAGUUAUGGCUCGUUGCUUCAGACAACAAAAUCUUCGGCUUUUGCCCGUAGAGCCUCUUCGAAGAUGCUCACUUCAAACUCUAAGGAGAAGGAGAGAUCUCUCUCCUCCUUAUGUUGCUGGUGCUUAGGCAGCAGACGAGUUGCCAUGCUUCUGCUUCUUAUCCUCGCUCUCGUGGUCUUUGUUCUGGGUUCUUACACGGUCAACAAAGAGAGCAGUAGUCCAUAUAUUUAUCAGCAUAUCGGAACGAUGGGUUUUAGCAGUAACCAAGCACUUGGAACUCAAGAUUCUUUUUGGGGGAAUAACGACGAAGGAAGUGAUGUAGAAAUAGUCCAUCCUCCUCCAUUGCGCCAUCCAUGCGAGAGUUUUUCAUUUCCUCCUCCGCCGCCUGGACUGAGAAGGCCUGGACCACGCCCCUGUCCAGUAUGCUAUCUUUCUCCGGAGGAGGCCUUUGCACGUAUGCCGAAAUACCCAUCAGAAUCUCCAGUGGUCAAGAAUUUGACCUACUUCCGUGACGAUACCCUUCUAAAACGAGAAGGCCAAGGAGGCUCAGAAUUUGGAGGCUACCCUUCUCUAGAACAGAGGAAUGACUCUUUUGAUGUAAGGCAGUCCAUGGCAGUGCAUUGUGGAUUUGUUAAAGGAAAGAAACCAGGACUUCAAAGUGGAUUUGACAUUGAUGAGGAUAUCCUUGAUGAGUUGGAGCAGUUCCAUGAUGUCAUUGUUGCAUCGGCUGUAUUUGGGAAAUAUGACAUAAUUCAGGAACCGCAGAAUAUUAGUGGAGUAGCAAGGAAGAAAGUACCUUUCUACAUGUUUGUUGAUGAAGAAACAGAAGCCUAUCUUAAGAAUACUACCACAUACUCGGAUGAUAACAAAAGGAUGGGGUUAUGGAGAAUCAUUGUUGUGCACAAUGUCCCUUACAACGAUGCGAGGCGCAAUGGAAAGGUCCCGAAGCUUCUCUUGCAUAGGCUGUUUCCAAAUGUCCGGUACUCCAUAUGGAUUGAUGCGAAGCUCCAGCUUGUAGUAGACCCAUAUCAAAUCCUUGAAAGGUUCUUGUGGCGUUCGAAUUCUAGUUUUGCUAUCUCGCGACACUACAGACGUUUCGACGUGUUUGAAGAGGCUGAGGCAAAUAAAGCUGCGAGAAAAUACGACAAUGAUUCAAUUGAUUACCAAAUAGAGUUCUACAAGAAAGAGGGUUUAACCCCAUAUUCCGAGGCUAAGCUCCCAAUAACCAGCGAUGUUCCCGAGGGCUGCACCAUCAUUAAGGAACACAUACCGAUCACGAAUCUUUUCACUUGCGUUUGGUUCAACGAAGUAGAUCGGUUUACUUCCAGGGACCAACUAAGCUUUGCCAUUGCAAGGGAUAAGAUAAGGGAGAGAGUAGAAGAUUGGAGAAUCAACAUGUUCUUGGAUUGUGAAAGACGUAAUUUUGUGAAACAGGUAUAUCAUAGAGACAUUUUGAUGAGCAUGCCACCUCCGGUGGCUCGGGUGGCUAGAUUUCGUGAGCCACCGGCUCUGCCACGUGGAAGGGUUAUAGGUAAGAGGCUACCGGGCCGGCGUGGAAGAGAUAGACGAUCUGGGUCAAGGCGUCACCGGAAAAUCUCCGCCGGAAACAGAGACAGUAUCUCGAACUUGAAGUAGAAUAUGUUCUGUCUCGCCACUCAUUAUUUUUUCUUCAGUUUUUUUUUUUAACUCUCUUUUCUUUUCGUUCUGAUGCAUUUUUAUUGUUUUUUUAUUGUUUUUUUAAUUCAAAUGGGUUAGGAGAAUUCAAUCUUUGAGAUUUCAUACGGAAAGAUUCCAAGGAUUUUGAGAUUUUUCUUCUUCUCACUUUACUUGUUCUUCGUUGUAAAUACACUUUUUUUUUAUAACUACUGCUAAGACAUUUAUGGCA